AUGAAACGAGCUUUGGUUUGUGGAGUACCCUCUUUGUCAAUAUCAUUGAACUUGAAGAAAGGUGAAAGCAAAGAAAGUGACUUUAAGGAUGCUAUUGGUGUCUGUUUACCUUUGAUAAACGCAACUAUUAGAGAUAUUGAGAAAGGUGUUUUCCCCAAAGAUUGCUCUCUCAACAUUGAAAUUCCAACAUCACCCUCAUCAAACAAGGGUUUCAAGGUGACAAAACAAAGCACGUGGAGGCAGAGUCCUAGUUGGCAAGCUGUUUCAGCUAACCGUCACCCUGGUGCUGGGAAAUUCAUGUCCAACCAACAAAGCCUUGGAGCCCAUCGUGCCCAGCUUGGCAGAGAUUUUUGUAUCUGGCAAUCUCAGGGGCCGGCUCGUCGUUUUACAACACAGAAGAAGAGUAUUGAGGAGAUUGAAUCGGUUGGUGUUGCUGCUAAAACUGAUAGCCGUGUUAAGAAAUACUUCCGCCUAGAGUUUGAGGCUAAAGAACAAGAACAUACGGAUGAAGAUUUGGAUAUCAAGGCUCUAGAAGAUGGUUUUGUUUCUGUGACUCCAUUGUCCCUACUUCCUAAAAUGGAUUCAGAAACUCAAGCCGCAGUAUCAGAAUGGAUCUCCAAAGCCCUUAACUCUGAUCAAUGAAAAUGGUCAUCAUACUCGGUACAUUAUGUUACAUGAAACUAUCUUUGGAUUU